AUAAUGUUUCGCGGGAGUUUCUGGUGGCAGAAACGUCAACAGUGUCGACGAUUAGCUCACUAGCCGAAACAGCUCGUCAGAUAAAGUCAUAUCACAAUGAGUUUGUGGGUUGACAAAUAUAGGCCAACGUCCCUCGGAAAACUGGACUAUCACAAAGACCAAGCUGCUCAGCUGAAAAAUCUGGUUCAAUGUGGUGACUUUCCACAUUUGCUGAUCUAUGGGCCGUCUGGCGCAGGGAAGAAGACACGGAUCAUGUGUCUGCUGAGGGAACUCUAUGGACCUGGGGUGGAGAAACUUCGCAUAGAGCACCAGAGCAUAGUGGCUCCCUCAAAGAAGAAAAUUGAGAUCAACUCAAUAGCCAGUAACUACCACUUGGAGAUCAACCCCAGUGAUGCUGGAAACCAGGACCGAGUGGUGAUCCAGGAACUGAUUAAAACUGUGGCUCAGUCCCAGCAGAUCCAAUCUAGUACGCAGAGAGAUUUCAAAAUGGUGCUACUGACAGAGGUGGACCACCUCACAAAGGAUGCUCAGCAUGCUCUGCGUCGCACAAUGGAAAAGUACAUGUCCACCUGCCGUCUCAUCCUCUGCUGUACUUCCAGCUCCAAGGUUAUCGGUCCAAUCAGGAGCCGUUGUCUGGCUGUAAGAGUUCCACUGCCCAGCACUGAGGAGGUCUGUCAUGUUUUGUCAAUGGUGUGUAAGAAGGAGGGUCUACUCCUGCCACCUGAACUCGCCAAGCAAAUCUGUCAGAAAUCUGGUCGCAACCUCCGCAAAGCCCUCCUUAUGUGUGAAGCCUGCAGGGUGCAGCAGUAUCCAUUUUCAGCGGACCAAAACGUUCCUGAAACUGACUGGGAAGUGUACCUCAGAGAAACAGCCAACGCCAUUGUCAGUGUUCAGACCCCUCAGAGGUUAUUGGAGGUACGAGCAAGGUUAUAUGAACUCCUGACCCACUGUAUUCCUCCUGAGAUCAUUAUGAAGGGUCUGGUCAAAGAGUUGUUUAAUAACUGUGAUGGCCAGCUGAAGACGGAGGUAGCCCACCUGGCAGCCUUCUAUGAACACAGGCUACAGCUUGGCAGCAAAGCUAUCUACCACUUGGAGGCAUUCACGGCCAAGUUUAUGGCCAUCUACAAGAAGUUCAUGGAAGACGGUCUGGAUGGAAUGAUGUUCUGAACUUUGAAGGGACUCGAACAUGCACACAAGCUGUCCAACCAAUGCUUUGCCCCACCAACACCAGUGGUGGUUAUACAUCGUUGUCAGUUUUUGUAGCAUGGUAACAGCCAUUUGUGCUUUGUAAACUACUUUGUCAAUAAUACAAAUUAAUGUUUGUAGAAGCUGCUCUUUUAAAAGUUUUUCAAUUUGGAAAUAAACAAAUACUCAUUGCUUAACAGUCAUUUGCUUAACAGCCAAGCACAAUAAA